GAUCGUUUUUGAUAUGGCAGUUUAGUUCAAUCAACAUCUUUUUCACUUUUCCUCUUAAAAUUCCAGUGAAUCGUCUCCGCGUUAUCAGUAUCGACAUUUUCCCAUUCGCAAAAUCAUCAUCACAACUACACAAAAACAAUUCGUCGAGCCAAAAGUGUUGUUAUCAAAGGCCAGUUGCGUCAUGUCAAGACCUUGAUUGACUUGAAGGACUACGUGUUUGAAAACAUACGAUUUUGCUUGAUUAUUUUCCGAUAUUAUUGCGAAGAAGUUUGCGCCAAGAUGUCCAGUGUCCGGUGCAGUUUGGCUACGGCCGGGAAAUACGCUCUGGCCGCCAGGAACACAAAAAUUCAACAAGGUCUGCUGUCUACCUUCUAUCUGAAACACUUUCAACACAGCAAAAAUAUAUCUACAAGUUUUGUCCUACUUAAAACCAUUGGUGCUGGUGAACCUCCAACCAACCCUACCCAACCUCCGACCAAAUCAACCACUUCUAGUGGAGGUGGCACGGGGAAAAAUAAGAAUACACUUUCAUGUCCGAAAUGUGGAGAUCCUUGCACUCAUGUGGAGACUUUUGUCAGUUCAACAAGAUUUGUUAAAUGUGAAAAAUGCCACCACUUUUUCGUGGUCCUGAGCGAAGUCGACAGUAAAAAGAAAGAAGGUGUGGACCUCAAAAAUGGACAAUACAGAAAACCUCCGCCUCCACCUAAAAAGAUUUACGACUACUUGAAUAAGCACGUUAUUGGUCAAAAUCAUGCCAAAAAAGUUUUAUCUGUAGCUGUAUAUAAUCACUACAAAAGGAUUUAUAACAACACCCCAUGUUCAACAAAUACUGGUAGACAAGAUAUGGCUGUAAUGGAACAAGGGCCACAUCACAAUAUGACACAUAGAGAUUUGCUCCAUAUAACAGGCAUGGGGCACAAUCCUAUGGGUCCGCUCACUUUCAGUCCUACAGAAUCACCCUACGAUAAAAGUACGUCUCAAACUGCUGUCGGGUCUGACAUUUUAGAACGUACCACCCACGAACUGAAGCUGGAGAAAAGCAACAUUUUGUUGCUGGGUCCAACUGGAUCAGGUAAAACUCUGUUAGCUCAGACCAUAGCUCAGUGUCUAGAUGUUCCUUUUGCAAUCUGUGAUUGUACCACAUUAACCCAAGCAGGUUAUGUCGGUGAAGAUAUUGAGUCUGUUAUAGGAAAAUUAUUACAAGAUUCCGGAUAUAGUGUGGAAAAAGCACAAAUCGGAAUUGUAUUUCUGGACGAAGUAGAUAAAAUUGGCGCUGUACCUGGAAUACAUCAACUAAGAGAUGUAGGUGGCGAGGGUGUGCAACAAGGCAUGCUAAAAAUGCUGGAAGGUACUAUUGUAAAUGUCCCAGAAAGAAAUUCACCUAGAAAGUUAAGAGGCGAAACUAUCCAGGUGGACACAACGAAUAUUCUUUUUGUUGCUAGUGGUGCGUACAAUGGUUUGGAAAGGCUGAUUCAGAAAAGAACCAAUGAAAAUUAUUUGGGUUUUGGAUCUCCAACUACAGGUGGCCAAGGCAGAAGAGCUGUAGCCCAAGAAGCAACUCUACAUUCUUCUACACAAUCAGCAGAAGAAGAAAAUCAUGAUAAAGAUAAGGCCCUAAGACAAGUACAAGCUAGAGAUCUCAUUGAUUUUGGAAUGAUACCGGAAUUUGUUGGUCGUUUUCCAGUUCUAGUACCUUUCCACUCCCUAGAUAAAAAUUUGUUAGUAAGGAUAUUGACAGAGCCCAAAAACGCUUUACUUCCCCAGUACCAGAGGCUGUUAGCUAUGGACCAAUGUCAGCUAACUUUUUCCCCUGAUGCUUUAAAGGCGAUAGCUGCUCAGGCUAUGGAAAGGAAGACUGGAGCUAGAGGGCUUAGAGCAAUAAUGGAAACUCUUCUCUUAGAACCAAUGUUUGAAGUACCUGGUGCAGGUAUUUCAGAGGUCCACAUAACAGAGGAUUGCGUAAAAGGCAAAUCCCCACCAGGUUAUAUAAAAACUAAUACUGAGGUCUCAGAAGAAGAUGAAAUUAAUGAUACUAUUAGGUUAAAACAAUGAUAUUGGGGGGAAAUGCAUAUUUAGGUACCAACAUUUAAAUGAAUAUUAUGCUGCACUGUCAAAAUUGACAGGAAAAGAAAUGUUGAUAUGGAGGUUGGGUGGCAAGAAGUUAGUCUUAAUCAAGCCCCUAAAUCAAGUUCUCGGUAAAAAAAAAGUGUAAAAAGAUUGUACUAAACAUAACGUAACUAAAAAUUUCAUGUGAUAAGUAGAAACAAAACAAAAAUUGUAUGGAAAUAAACACUGCUGUAUUCAAAGUUUUGUAAUUUUAUUUUGUUGUCACAUAACAAUAAUUUUUUUCUUCUGAUCACUGUUAGUUUUGAAAGUAAUACAAACUUAUUAUUUUUCUCUUUACGAAAGCUGUUUUAUUUGUUCUUAGAGGUAAGGAUUUUGUUGCUAAAUAAAUAUUGUUUUAUUUAUAAGUUUAUUUUAGGCGUAAAUGAAUUAUUGUUGACUGUCCUAGAAGUCAGUUGCAGAUAAUUGUGAUGUUUCUAGAAAGGGUUAAUAUUAAUUAUACACAAUAAAUUAUUGAAUUGA